ACCGAUGUCAAUUCCCGAUACGAACUGUUUUACAUUUAUGCGUUAUCCAAGUUUUGGUUAAUCAAUGCAGUUUACCUUGAAAUCAGCGAACAAAAUUAAAAAAAAAAAACAAACCGACCUCAAAGUAAAAUCUUUUAUCUACUCCUUUACUCGUUUCAGUCAUUGGACUGCGACCAUAAAAGGUCGCCGUCUUGAAGGGUUUAGUCGAAUAGAUCGACAGCAGCUUAUUUUUGAAUCUGGUACUUAUUCUAGCGGUGCUUUUUGCCGAAUCACUAAGUUACAAAAGCAUUGGUGGGGGACAUACACGAAGAUGAACAAAUAUUUAUCUUUUAAUUGUUUCUGUCAUUAGACUGCUAUGUUGGGAUAUUGCCUUAAGGAUUAUAGUUGAACGAAUCGACUCCAGUACUUUUUUUUAACCGGUGCUAUCAUCGUUUUUACCAAACCUCUAAGUCACGGGGAGGUAAACACACCAACACCGGUUAUCAAGCGGUGGUGAGCGCAAACACACACACACACACAUAUACGACGAGCUUCUUUCAGUUUCGGUCUACCACAUCCACUCAAGGCUUUGGACGGCCCGAGACUAUAGAGAAGAGCUUUUUUUUUUUCAAUUUUCGUCUACUAAAUCCACUCACAAAGCUUUGGUUAGCCUGUGGCUAUAAGGGGAAGAAACUUGCUCGCGGUGCCACGCUUUGGGGCUGAACUCGGAACCAUGUGGUUGGUAAAAAAAAAAAAAAGAAAACAGCCACGCUGAUUUAAUUCUUGAGUUGCUCGCAGAACAUGGAGAAUCUUAACGUAUCUGUUCAUUCUUAAAUACGUUUUGGAAAAUUUGAACGUAAGAAAAAGCAACUACAAUCUAUCGUCAUCGGUGUAAAGUUUUAUCCGAGUCAUCGAUCUGUGGUCUGUGAUUGAAUAUUUUCGUUUUGAUGGGUGCGAAGAGUGCCAGUUCUUAUGGUGGCUGUUCAGGUCAAGUGCGGUAUACAAGAGGAAAAGCAACAACGAUCUAUAUUCACGUUCGGAUCAGCCAGAACGCAUUUAGAAUGAAUAAAUACAUUAUUAAUCAAGCAUUUACUUUGGAACAUGAAUCGGUAUACGGAAGUAAAGUUAAGUCGUUCACGCUGAAUAACAAGUGAGUCCAUAGCUGAUAUGCAAAGAUGAGUUUAUUAGAAUUUACUGAGCGACAACUAAAUGGUGACCUUGACCUUUAUGAUGAUAUUCUCCAGGAAGACUUUGAAUGCGAAAAGGAUUCUAUUAAUGAGUUGCAACAAAAAUACCAGGAAGCUAUGCAGAAGAUUGCUACUUUGGAAAAUACUGUGAAAGAACGCACUGCUGCAAUGGAGAUAUUGGAGGAGAAAAAUACUAACUUGCAAAAGAAUAUAUUGAAUCUGUACAAAACUGCAUGCUUGACAAUCAAGGGGAAAAGUGGUAAUAUUAUUUCUUUAAGAGAGCAAAUAGAGUUCUAUGAAAAAGAAAAGUGUUUGAAACAGAGGCAGUCGGGAUAUUCACAUUGGAAUUCUCAUCAUCAGAGACACAAACCUUCUCAAAGAGAUCAAAGAGACACCAAAGAAAAUGAUAGGAGACAUUCAAGACAGUCUGAUAUAAAAAGUCCCCGAUAUUUUGAUAGUAAGUCCAAUUCUCACCAUUCUGGCUCAAAAGAACGAAGGCAUGAUGACCGAAGAUAUGAAGAAACGCACUCGAGUCGUCGAGAUUUACAGAAGCCUGAAACAAAAGAUAAUCGAUCAUUGGAAAGGAAAUCUUCAAGACACUCCAAAACUAGAAGUAAUAUUUCAGAUACAAAAAUGGAAAAUUCCUCAAGAGAACACAAAAGGGGCAGUAGUAAACAUCAUUAUCAAAAGACACCUUCAUCUACACAAAAAUUGUCUUCAAGGUCUGAGAAUAGAAAAUCUCAUACUACUCCCCUCAAAGAGAAGCACAAUUUAUCUAACAACUCCAGUGAGUCUGGUAGUGCCAAGAGACAAGAUUCUAAGUUGAUUGAUUGUCAGCAGUCUGUAGAACGAAUCAGUAUAUCAGCAAAACAGUCUGUAAAAUCUGCAGGAUCUGAUGCAGAGAGCUCUAAAUCUUCUCCUGGAAAAUUCUCUCCAAGUGACAAACAUCACAGUGAAAUGUGUGAACUAGUUGUAACUUCUCCAGAAUUGACAACUAAGUGUGACAGAAACCACUCGCCUGUUAUUUCACCACCAAAGUAUAAAACCUCAAAAGUAUUCAAUAGUCCAGAACCUAUAGUUAUUAAAUGUUUUGGAAUAUCUAAUUUAGAAGAUUCUCAUUCUCCAAUAAUUAUUCCUUGCUUUUCUAGCAGUGCAACAAACUCGAGAACACAAGACUCAACAAGCAGCGAAGAUUCUGAUUGUGAGGAUGCUGUGCCAAGAAGCAAAACCAUUGUUCGUAAACUGUUUUCGCCAAGUAAAACUGAAUGUAAUCUGUCUAUAGAAAAUUCAAUCCCAGAUGACGAACUUGCAGAGAAUCACAGUUUGGAGUUUUUGAAUGAAAUGAAGAAGAAGCUAUCACAAGAAAUUGCUGCCCAUAACAGAAAGCAACAAAAUGAAGAUUGUGAAGAUACAACACAGUUAGUUGAUAUCUAUCAGACUCGUGAUGAGGAAUAUUGUAGUAAUGACAGUCUGAGAGAAGAUCAGAAUUCUCUCAAAACAUUUUCUCCUCAGCCACAAAGUGAUUUACAUGCAGUCACUGAACAGUCAGAAACUGAGUGUGUAGGCUUAGAAAGUGGAGAGAUUGUGAGCGAUGAUGAUGGUGAUGAUAAGAAGAAAGACCAAACUUCCUCAUGCAAAAUCUCAUCUUCACAAAUGAAGGUCAGUUCCCACAGCAAAAAACAUUUGUCAAAGCAUAGCACUAAGCAUGGAAGUAAACAUUCUUCAAGGAAACAUUCCAAAAAGAGAAAGUUUUCGGGAGACGAGACAUUAACCAAAAUUAGGAAUAAACAUAAUAACAGCUCUUCAAGAACUGAAAACAAAAAACGACGAGAAAUUCGGUGAGAAUUGAGACCUUUGCCAAAGUUAUCUUUAACUCUAUCUUAUUUAAGUAAAACAAAAUUUUAUCCUCCUCUUUCUUUUCAUCCUGUUUAUGAUUGUAUUUGUAUGUUUAUGUUAUUUACAUGUCAUUUAUACACCACGUCUUCAAUCGAAAAUACCUCCAAAAUUAUUCAGUAUUUAUGUGCGCAUGAUUAGGAAUUUUUAAAAUUAAAUUUAAAUUUUAAAAAAAAGUUAAACAUUGAUUUCAGUUUUGUGUUACUUUGGUGUCUUAUGUUGUUUAACCCUGAGUCAGUCCAGAUUGACCAGAAUGUUGAUGAAAGGUAGCAAAGCCAUACUGAUUCGUCUUUGCUUAACCCAUUAGCAUUUAAACCAGCCAUAUUCUACCUGUUUUGUAUUCAAAAUGGCUAGAUUUGGCCUCUCACACCUACCCUACGAUGUCAUUAAAAAAAUAAACAUUCACAUCAUCAAAAUCUUGAAGCUAUGA